AUGCUUGGUGGGGGGAUAGCGUGCGUCCGACCGCCGGGACCGCUGGGGGUGGCAGCGGUGGCUCCGCGCCCGGAGUGGACGGUGUCGCGCGUCUGGCUGCCGCCACCGCCGUGGCUGCAGGGGCCGAUGGGAACGGCCCCGCACCCAGCACAUGUGGAAACGCGGCCGGGCCGGGGCCAGCCGCAAACAGUGUGCCGGCUCGGUCAGCGCCGCUGUGAUCCCCUGCGGGCGCCCCCCGCCACGUGGGGGGAAGCUGGCACGAGCGAUGCUGCGGGGAACACAAGCGAGGCGAGUGGAGCGAGCGACGCCGCAGCCUCCCCCCGGUCACUUCGACGGCGGCUGGGGCUGCCAAGGGCUGGUGCCGCCCACGGAGGCCGCGCUACCGCUUUUAUGAGCCCUGCCAGAGCCCUCCCGGCGCUGGGAUCAGCGGCAGGCCGGGGUGGGGGCGGGUCUCAGCCAAUGCUGCCCUUCCCCCCGGCGAGCAAAGCUCGAAUGCCGGAGCUGCCUCGGAUCUGGCGGCGGAUGUGGUGGGAGGCGCGUCCCCGGCUGCCGCGGGUGCCGGGGCAGGAGCGAACAAGCCUCCCUUUUUUACCACAGGGACUCACAGUCAUGCUGGCUCAUCGGGGUGAGUGUCUGCUUGGAGUGGAGGACACCGGGACAGCCCCCACUUCAGUCCGCAUUGGACACUCCCCCCAUGCCAGGUCACAGUCCAUCCCAGAGACCCCAGAAUGUUUUGGGACGAGGUCUGACUUCUGCCACCGAAAUAACACCAAGGGUUGUGAGGUUUGGAAGCCAAAAUUACUUCUCAAAUUGUUUACUCUGAAAGAUCAAUUUUUUAGGUCUCACCACUGGACGGUUGUUUCUGUUGACCCGCUGAGGGAAAAACUGAUCUCCGACCUGAAUUCUGAUUUGGAUGCACUCAUCCUUUUGGCAUGGUGCAUCAACCCACCAUUCUACCUGACACAAGGGCAGGUAAUUGCUCAAGCUAUUCCCAUUCCAUCAGGGAUCCCAGUAGACGAUGUAGCACCUCAGAUCUACUGGGCUCAAGCAGUGGGAGAAAACAAACCCAUCAUCUCAUGCCAUUUGAAAAAAAGUUCCGAAAACACCUCGGGAUUUUUGAUUGCAGCCACUGAGAAGCGCCAGACCCAAAAACUAGAAUGGACCACAGAUUCCCCAAUUUGGAUACCCCAGUGGCCGCUGAGUAAAGAGAAAUUAAAGGCGCUAAACGAGUUAGUAGAUGAGCAAUUGGCCCAAGGCAAUAUUGAACCUACUUUUAGCCCUUGGAACUCCCCUGUGUUUGUCAUUAAAAAGCCAGGGAAAGACAAGUGGAGAUUAGUUCAUGAUCUGAGAGAAAUUAACAAAGUCAUUGUAGACAUGGGACCUCUUCAACCAGGGAUGCCGUCUCCUGCCAUGCUUCCUCAAAAUUGGGAAUUGGCUGUGAUUGACAUCAAAGAUUGCUUUUUCAAAAUUCCUCUAGACCCUAUCGAUGCCCCCAGGUUUGCUUUUUCUGUGCCUUCCCUCAACAGAGAAGCCCCAAUGAGAAGGUUUCAUUGGAAAUCCCUCCCCCAAGGGAUGAAAAAUUCACCUGUGAUUUGCCAAUGGUAUGUUGCUGCCUUGUUAUCCCCUGUGCGAGCUGAGGUGGGGGAAGCCAUUAUCCUGCAUUAUAUGGAUGAUGUGCUAGUGUGUGCCCCCCAGGAAAAAUUGCUCCAGUCCACACUGGACCGGGUGACCGAAGUUUUAACAACUGCAGGACUCACCCUUCAGGAAGAAAAAGUACAAAAGAUGCCUCCUUGGAAAUACCUAGGUCUGGAAAUCACUGCAAAAACAAUUGUUCCUCAAAAAUUAGCUUUUAACAGCAAUCCCAAAACCUUAGCCGACUUGCACUCUCUGUGUGGAACAUUGAAUUGGGUUAGGCCUUGGCUAGGCAUUGCCACUGAUGACCUAGCCCCUCUUUUCAAUUUAUUGAAAGGGGGAGAUGAGCUGAGUGCUCCAAGGACUCUGACUCCAGAAGCCAGGGAUGCUUUAGAGAAGGUAAGCAGCAUGAUGGAGAAGAGACAGGCACAUAGAUGCCAUCCAGAGCUGCCUUUCAAAUUUAUUGUAAUGGGGAAAUUGCCACACCUUCAGGGGUUGAUUUUUCAGUGGGACAAGGACCAGAAAGACCAUUUGAUAAUCAUUGAGUGGGUCUUUCUCAGUCACCAUCGGUCCAAAAAUAUUACAAGGCCACAGGAAUUGAUGGCCCAGCUGGUUGGAAAGGCCAGGCUGAGAAUGAGAGAACUUGCUGGCUGUGAUUUUUCAUGUAUACAUUUGCCCCUAAGCCUCUCUGAGGAAGAAACCUCCUCAGUGAAGAUGACCAGGGAAAUGUUUGAGCACCUCUUGAGGAAUCAAGAGACCCUGCAAAUUGCUCUGGAGAAUUUUACUGGGCAGAUUUCAGUUCAUGCCCCUGCACACAAAUUGUUUAAUUCAAAAUUUAAUUUGGUACCAAAAGAUAAGAGGAGUCAGAAGCCCCUUGAAGCUUUGACUGUUUUUACUGAUGCUUCUGGAGCAUCCCGAAGGUCAGUAAUGACCUGGAAGGAUCCUCAGACGCAGCAGUGGGAAACAGAUGUUGAUUAUGUAGAAGGAUCCCCUCAAAUUGCUGAGUUAGCAGCAGUGGUUAGAGCAUUUGAGAGGUUUUCAGAACCAUUCAAUUUGGUCACUGAUUCAGCUUAUGUAGCAGGAGUAGUUUCCAGAGCAGAAAAUGCAGUCCUCAAGGAGAUCUCAAACAGAACUUUGUUUGAAUUGCUCUCAAAAUUAAUUUAUGCAGUUUCCCAUCGAGAACAUCCCUAUUUUGUUAUGCAUACCCGGUCGCACAUGGAAUUACCUGGUUUCAUAGCAGAAGGGAAUGACAGAGCUGAUUCCCUGGCUGCUGCCCCUGUUGGACUGGCCAGACUCCCUGACCUGUUUCAACAGGCAAAAUUAAGCCAUGAAAUGUUUCAUCAGAAUGUACCAGGUUUGAUUCGACAGUUUAAUCUGAAACGAGAUCAAGCCAAAGCCAUUGUGGCCACAUGUCCCCACUGUCAGCGCACAGCUCUGCCAUCCCUGGGUGCUGGAGUCAAUCCAAGGGGACUGAAAAGCUGUGAAGUAUGGCAAACUGAUGUAACACACAUCCCUGAAUUUGGACAGGUAAAAUAUGUACAUGUAUCCAUUGAUACCUUCUCGGGAGCAAUUUUUGCCUCAGCCCAUGCAGGAGAAAAAGGUGUGCAUGCCACAAAGCACCUGUUGCAAGCUUUUUCUGUACUAGGAAUCCCUAAAGAAAUUAAAACAGAUAAUGGACCAGCAUAUAUUUCCAAAGUGUUUAAGGAAUUUUUGCAGGAAUGGGGAGUGAGACACAAGACAGGAAUCCCCCACUCUCCAACAGGUCAAGCAAUAGUAGAGAGAGCACACCAGUCACUCAAAAGAGUUUUGAAAAAUCAAUGGAAAAACAAAGUAAAGUUAACACCACAGGAAAGAUUAUGCAAAGCCCUGUUCACUCUCAAUUUUUUAAACUGUUCUAUGGAAGAUCAAAACCCCCCAGUGGUUAAGCAUUUCUCCCCUCAUGGCAAACACAAGCUCAAGGAACAUCCACCAGUGCUGAUGAGAGACCCUGAGAGUGGAAAAAUUGAAGGUCCUUACAAAUUAGUGACAUGGGGAAGAGGAUACGCUUGUGUAUCAACACCCCUGGGUUUGCGGUGGGUCCCACAGAGGUGGGUAAAACCGUACAUUGAAAAACAUCCCACAAGACCCCCCGAUAUUUCAGUAGCAGAAGUUCAAAGAACAAACAGGUAUUUGGGUGGAGAAGGAAAUCCAGAUUCUCCAUUCUACCCUGACUUUCCACUGUUGAAUCUGUUUAUUGAUGAAUUUAGCUAAUGGUUUUUGUUCCUUGUUUACCUGUAUUUUAAGAAGAAACCAUCCUCAGUAUGACAGUUUUGUAGACAUUUUCUCAGGAUGGGGAUUUUCGGGAUGGCUGUCUUCUGUUUUCUGGACUGUUUUAG